UGGGCGAUCAGCUGAUUACUUUCUUAUCGAGUGAUGGACUUUUGUCAUGCUGCGAAUAACGUGAUUUUUAGCGUUAAUAUAAUGGCUUUGAUUAUAAAGUUGAGAUUGAUAAAUUGAUAUAUAAGUCACAUCCGAUUGAUAUUAAGAGCUCGAAUUGAGUAUUUGAGGAGAGGUAAAGAAGUUAAAAUUGCGGAAACAUGCCUCAGGGAAGACGGAAAACUCCAUUCAGCGGCAAAGCCAAGAAGCUGCAAAUGCAGGUUAAAAAACAACGUCAACGAAUUUCGUUUGAUGACGAUGAAGAUGAAUGCUCUAGCAAUGCGAGCAAUACAGAGUAUGGGAGACAAGUACAAAAAAUAAAUAAGCAACCCAGGGAUAAUAAAUCUUCAGGGAAUAGAUAUACACUACAAUUUUUUCAAGAGACUAACGAGGAAUUGCGAAAACGCAAAGAACAAGCCUUAAAAAGUAUUGAGUCUGUGAGCCUCAAGGAUCAAGAAAUUUCCGACAAUUAUUUUCCACCUGGGAUUGACAUGCCAAAGCGGCCUCCGUGGGAUUUUAAUAUGACGAAAGAGCAAUUAAAUAUAAGAGAACAGAGAUAUUUCACAGAAUACUUAAAGAACAUGGAAGAAUUAGGUACCUUGAGUUAUUUUGAGUUGAAUUUAGAAACCUGGCGACAAUUAUGGAGAGUCUUAGAGAUGUCAGAUAUUCUGUUGAUCAUUGUUGAUAUUCGAUAUCCUGUUUUGAUGUUUCCUCCAUAUUUGUACCAUUAUGUGACUAACAAGUUGCAAAAAGAUAUGAUUAUGGUGUUAAACAAAGUUGAUCUAGCGCCUCCAGCCUUGGUAGUGGCUUGGAGGGAAUAUUUUCGCAGUCAAUAUCCAAAAUUACACAUUUUAAUGUUUACUUCAUAUCCUACUUAUAAUCUUCGUGGUAAUACGAAUAACGAGGAGGGUAUACAGAAAAGACGUCGUAGGGGAAAAUUACGAAUGGCCGCAGAAGGAGCGCAAAAGUUGUUGGAGGCUUGUAAAGACAUUGUCAAGGACAAAGUUGACCUGAGUUCCUGGUACGAAAAGAUUCAAGAGGAGAUGCAUUUAGAAUAUGAUCUAGAUGAUAUAGACCAUAAAGAUAAUAUAACAAUAGAAAAAGAGGACACUACUUAUUUCGAACACGAAAAAUAUAAAAAUGGAAUUCUGACCAUUGGAUGCAUUGGAACGCCAAACGUUGGAAAGUCGUCUUUAAUGAAUGCACUGAUGGGCAAAAAAGUUGUAAGCGUGUCUCGCACACCUGGCCACACCAAACACUUUCAAACUAUUUAUCUAACAAAGACUGUGUGCUUGUGCGAUUGCCCUGGUUUAGUUUUUCCUUCAACUGUACCAAAACAGUUGCAGAUAUUGAUGGGUUCGUUUCCGAUCGCCCAAGUCAGAGAACCAUAUACGACUGUAAAGUUUUUAGCUGAAAGGAUGGAUUUACCAAAAUUGUUGAGGAUUCCUCAUCCAGAAAAUGAUGAUACGUGGUCCGCUAUGGACAUUUGCGAUGGUUGGGCAAUUAAAAGGGAUUUUAGGACAGCUCGAGCGGCUAGAUUGGAUACAUAUAGAGCGGCGAAUUCGCUACUACGCAUGGCUUUAGAAGGAAAAAUUUGCUUGUACAUAUAUCCACCAAAUUGGACCGUUGAUAAAAAAAAAUGGGAAAGUCAUUCAGAUGUUGAAAUAGUAAGAUGGAUUCAAGCUAGAAAUCGAGGAGAUGAGCUCGGUACACCAACUGAAUACGUAUCUUCUGAAGACGAAGAAAUCUAUAACGAAAAGCAAGAACAAAAAUUUCGAGAUACAACGAAUAAUGAUUCAACGGAAUCGUCGAGCGAGGAAAACGAUAUGCCGCUUGUAGCUAAUAAAUUUUCAGCAUUGUCUACUGAACAAUAAAAUGAUUUAUUAUUUUACGUCUUUCAGAUUUUUUAUUUUUAUCUUUUUUUAUACACAUAGAUUUCUUCUUUAAUGUACAAUGAGCAAUUUGCUGAUGAUAGUGAAGAAUAGUCGACUGAACUGUGUUUUCGCCCGCGAAACACAAUCAUCACUAUGACAGAACACUACGAGUAAAAAUAGAUCAUUUUAUACAAGCCACUACUCUAUUACAUUUUUCUUGUUUUCAAGGUAGUUUCACUGUGCGCAUGAGUUAUUUACAAUGUAAUUCUAGUUUGCAACUAUUCUGGUGUUACUUUGGUCCACUAUGAACUGAUAAUCGAGUAAAGAUUUUUUUUUACUAUAAUAAGCUACAUCAUUGCACAACUUGUACAGAGACGAAGUUAUUUUAUACAUCAUUAAAAUUAUCUAGAACGAUACAUUUUUAUGUAAA